AUGGGACAGGAAAUUUCGAUUGACGAGGGUAUGGUGAGAUUCAAGGGAAGGUCCAUGUUUAAGCUGAGAUUGUCCCACAAACCCGACCGUGAUGGCUUCAAAAUAUGGCAGGUGUGUGACUCGACAACGUCUUACAUUGCGAACUUUGAACCAUAUUUGGUAGUGAAAUAUAAAACUACCAAUGAGGAAAGAAAGAAAGAAACAGGGACAAUCAAGAAGACUGUGCACCGGUUGUUACAGCCCUUCACAGAAAAAAAAACAUUCUUUUCUGUGAUUCGCUUUUUUACCUCAGUUAACACAGCCCUUGAAUUACAAGACAAGAAAGUGUACAUGGUCAGUAGUUUUAGCAGACGAAAUCGGAAAACCAUGGCACCGCAAUUAAUUCCCGAGGGGAAAAGCAAGAAGCAGAAAUUGAAAAUUGGUGAAAUGAAAGCAGCAACUAGACCGGACGACACUAUCAAUAUUACUGCAUAUCAAGAUGACAGGGCACAGAUAUUAAUUUUAAAUACGGUCUACCAACCCUCGACAUCAGGCAGACGCAUGGGAGCAGCCCACCGGGGUGGACGACUAAGAAAGGCGUACAACAAAUAA